AUGUUUAUAUCGCAUCUUACCAUUAUUUGUCUUAUAUCGAGUUUGAAAAUAAUCCGUGGACAGUGAUGAUUAAAUUUGUUUGUUUCUACCUUUGUGUUUUGAUCGUUUCCGGGUUUUUGUACGAUAAUCCAUGCGACGUAUUUCCAAAGUAUUCUGGCGGCAUUUCAAACUUCAACAAUUUCACAACAACUGUAAACGUUCCAGCUAAAUGCAAGAAUGGGACAUUCCGCUGGGACUAUCCUCAAGGUCACGCCAUGCUGCAUUUCCAAAAUAUGCACGGGAUGGAAAUAAAAAUAUGCAUAAAGGACAGCUUAGGUGGAACAUUCUUCAAUGUUACAGAUAAAGCUACUAACGAACGUCUAGCAACUUUUGAUUACGAAAAUUGGUCUUGCACGGAACAGUCUUCUGCAAAGGACAUAUUGAUACAGGUGGACGCACCAAUAAUGCGCAUCUAUGUUGCUGCUAUUGAAUACAAAGUUUUCUCUUGAUGUACUUGCAAUGAUGAUUUGAAUUGUUGCUUUAUUAAAAUGUAAUAUUCUAA